UGCUCCUCCUCCACUUCUCCUCUCCUCAGUGUCUUUAUAAGCUUCAGUCUCUCUUCUCCUCACACUCCAACCCUGCUCACCUCUCAGCUGGACAGUAAGGGACGUUUACACCACACACUGACAACAUGCUGGGGACCCUCUGCACUCUCAUCACUGCUCUAACAUGUGUGAGUGGUGUGACCGUGGUGACACAGAAGCCUCCUGUUGUCACGGUGAGGAAAGGAGAGACAGCCACCAUGGACUGUAACCUGGGGGCUGUUACUGACAGUGCUGCUUGCUGGUAUAAACAGAUUCCAGGAGGAGUUCCUCAGCAUGUUCUGAGGUUUUAUCACAGCUGGAGCUCUCCAAACUAUGGCUCUGGUUUCUCCUCUCCAAAGUUCACAUCUAAUCAUCAGUCAACAUCAGAUUAUCGUUUGAUCAUCACCAAUGUGGAGGAGGGAGACUCUGCAGUCUAUUACUGUCAAACAUGGGACAGCUCUGCUAAGGAGAACGUAUUCGGACAAGGCACCAAGCUGAUUGUGACAAGCUCCAGUCUCCCUCGUCCUGUCCUGACAGUCUUCCCUCCGUCCAGUGCUGAGCUCCAGUCCAACAAAGCCUCUCUGGUCUGUCUGUCCAUUUUGCCCAGUGAGUCUAAGGGUUUUGCAGAUGUGAGCUGGUUGGCUGGUGGGAGUCCAGUGAGCACUGGGAUCUCUACCAGCACCGCUGUUCAGCAACCAGACCACACUUUCCAAAUCAGCAGCUAUCUGGCCAUCCAGACGUCAGACUGGAACAAUGAUCAGGUUUAUACAUGUAGAGUGUCUUUGGGCUCCCAGCCUGAUGAACAGACGGAGAAAAAUAUGACAAUGUCUGACUGCCGCAUAAAAUAGGUGACUAGAUGUAUCUCAAUCUUUCAUGCUAGUGCUUCACCUUCAUUUAAAAA